AUGAACUCUCUGUUGCGGCGCGGCACCUCGUUUCUUUUUACAGGAACCAAAAGCCCGGUAGCAGACAGCGCCACUACGACAGCACCGGAGAAUACUCUGUUUACAAGGGUUGAUCCCUCAAUCGACGGGGAGGAUUGCGACCGUGAUUGUGAUAGCUGCACGAUUCGAUACCCCUCCAAAUUCGAGAUCGAUACUGAGGAUAAAUUAUACGGCAAUGUCAAAGGAUGGGCCACCCAUGUGCUCAUUGCAACGGGCAAAACGGACUGGGUGAGAGAUGUGGCUGAUGAGAAGGGAAGCGUUAUGGAAGCUAUUGAAAAGGGUGGCUUGAAGCCUAGCAAUGGGACCAUGAAACUCUCUGCUUCAAACAUUCCAGUUCCGGACGAAUACCACCAUCACGAACUUGGGAAGCAACCUACUACAGCUCUCAUCCUCCCCGCAUUCACCGUGGUCGAGCACGUCACCCCUGCCCUUGCCGCGGACCUCAUCACCUACUUCGUCAAUCCUGCCCUUACCACCACCUCACCCCUAUACAACUCAAACAUCGGCGAACUGCCUUCUACGAACACCCCUACCCCAGAACCAGCCCCAGGCACUUCCGCCCUUACGACGUCCCCUUCACCUUUAACAGGCACCAGCUCCUCCGUCGACUAUACGGCGCUCACCCCUCUCCGUUCCCGCCCAUGCCUACACACUGCUGUAAUUCUCCUCUGUUCCCAACGGACGCGCGACGCCCGUUGCGGCCAAUCCGCCCCGCUGCUCCGGCGGGAAUUCGAAAGACACCUGCGUGCUCGUGGAUUGUAUCGCGACCUCAACGACGAACGUCUUGGUGGCGUGGGGAUCUAUUUUAUAAGCCACGUUGGAGGGCACAAAUACUCCGCCAAUGUGAUCGUGUACCGGAGAAGGACGAAGAGCGAUUUUGCCGAUUCUACCACUGAGCCAAGCGCAGUAUCAGUUGAAGAAGGUGCUGUGCAGGGGAUAUGGCUUGCGAGAGUCCGACCGGAAGAUUGCGAAGGGAUUGUGAAAUUUACCGUCCUGCAGGGGAAGGUUGUCAAACCGGCAAGCCAACUGAGAGGAGGCUUUGAUCGUGAGAAGGGGCUGGUGAUCGAGGAGACGGCGCUGUUGAAGACGUUGAGUGAGGGGAGAAUUAAGGGGGCUGCGCUGGAUGUGUUUGACGUGGAGCCCUUGCCGGGGGAUAGCCAGUGGAGGACUACGAGGUGGGGAGUGGAGGGGAGGAGCGAAGUUUUGCUCUCGCCGCACCUGGGUUAUGCGGAAGAGGAGAUUAUGAAUAGAUGGUAUGAGGAGCAAGCGGAGAACAUAGAGAGAUGGCUGGAUGGGAAGGAAGUAGAGACUAGAUUAUUAUAA